AUGAACCAGGGCGGUAGAGGGCAGCGGGCUGGCCCUCUUCGGAGCCGUCCGGAGGUAGAGCCUGAUGGGGUCAGCUGUGGGGCAAGCGGCGCAGCCCCCCGAGAUGGCACCGUACGUCCGAACUCGAACCCUCACAGAAGGGAAAGAAGGAGCAUCAGCUUGGAUGGAACUCGUAGCCGUCCCGCUGAGGCACCAGUUUCACGAGAUGGAAGAGUACGAUGGUCGCAGGAGGAAAAUAUCCUCUUAAUGCGUACUCACUUUAUUGCUCAACAACUACAACAAGACACAGGAAGAACCUACAGAGAAAUUCUAACAACCACGUGGAAUGAGAUCAAUCCAUGGAGACCAUCCUACCCAAACCUUCUUGCCAACAGAAUAAGGCAGAUGUUGGAAAAUGAAAAAUUCUCCAGUGUUGAAUUGGAGGACAUAAGGAAGAGUACCAGACCUUACACACCGAUUCCAGCAGAUGAUGAUAACCCAAGCAAUGAGGAAAUCCACCUAGAACCUCAGAUUCAACCAACUAAUCAGAACAAUAAAACGUCCCGACUCUUCGAGAAGAAUAUGAAGAUGUACUCGAGGGUGUCUCCACAGAAGAGACCCAGAAUACCUAGACUAAAGGGCUCAAAAAAAAUCCUUGAAAGCGUUGAAAGGACCAACAUGGCGAUGAAGGCGCACAUAACAGAUAAUUGUGCGAUUGAAGACCUGAUUGACUGUGUUUACGCGGGAGCGAUUACAGUGUGUGAGGAAAAUGGAAUUCAACUUUGUUGUGAAGAAUCCAGGCCGAAAGAGGAAAGAACACCGCCGUGGAGAAUACGCCUGGAAAGAAAAAUUAUCAGUAUCAGAAGAACGAUAGGCACGAUACAUACUUACCUGAAUAACAGCCAACCGACAAAGAAAAUAUGCAAGAAAGUAUCGCGCAUAGCCUCAGAACAUCACAUAAAGGGCCGCAAGGAGAACCUACCACAGCAACUUGUAAUACUAAGCGAUACUCUGAAACAGAAAAUUAAGGCAUUAGGAAAUCGCAUAAGGCGAUAUAACGAACGGGUUAGGAGAUACCGAAAUAACCAACUCUACUACAAGAAUACCAAGCAAUUCUACCGCUCACUGGAUGGGACAACAACGGACAAUAAAACUAAUCCAACGCCAGAAAGAAUGCAUGCAACAUGGAAAGAGAUAUGGGGCCAUGCAGGAGAUCACGAUGACGAGGCCUUUUGGAUCAGGGAAGCGGAAACUGAAUCUCAUAAAUAUACCAUGGAACAAGUUAUCAUAACUAAGGAAGACAUAAAAACAGUACUCAAAAAAACAAACAACUGGUCUGCACCCGGAACAGAUGGUAUACAUAACUACUGGUGGAAGUAUUUCAACUCGACACAUGACAGCCUGGCGAAGCUUUUUCAGGAAGCCCUAAAGAACCCAUCAAUUAUACCUGAUUCCUGCACACUUGGCAUCACCUACAUGCUUCCCAAAGGAACUGAUAAUGAAGACCCUAGAAACUACCGACCAAUAACAUGCCUGCCGACGAUAUACAAAAUACUAACAGGAGUUCUCACUCAAAAACUGUGGCAGCAUGUGGGAAAAUACAACAUGGCACGAGAACAAAACGGAUGUCGACGAGAUGCAAAAGGGUGUAAAGACCUAUUAAUCGCUGACACAAUAAUAACAAAGCAGGCGAGAAAAAAACAGCGUAGCUUGUCCAUGGCGUGGAUUGAUUACAAGAAAGCAUACGACUCCAUACCACACUCGUGGCUUAAGAAAGUUCUAAAAUUAUAUGGAGUAUCGGAAACAGUAAUCAAUCUACUCGAACAUCUGAUGCAAACAUGGAGAACUAAACUGAGUGUGGAUACGAACAAAGGGAACUAUACAACGGAGGAAAUCAGGAUCCAAAGAGGAAUAUUCCAAGGGGACAAAUUGAGCACCUUAUGGUUCUGCCUCUCUAUAAAUCUCCUAAGUAAGCUGCUGAACCAAUCCAAAUAUGGCUACGUAAUAGAGAGAAGAAAUAACACCAAAAUCAACCACCAACUAUACAUCGACGAUCUCAAACUGUAUGCUGCCAACGAAGAUCAACUGACAAGAGAACUGAAAAUAGUGGCAUCCUUCACUGACGCCAUUAAAAUGGAAAUGGGACUGGAUAAGUGCGCUGUGGUACACAUGAGGAGAGGAAAGAUACGAGAAGGAGAAGCGCUAGAAAUACAGGAGCAACUAACAAUCCGAACAUUGGGCCCAGAGGAAACUUACAAAUACCUGGGUAUCCAACAGGGCUUAGAAAUAAAUACUAACGAGGCCAAGACUACCUUCAAGCACAAAUUCUUUGACAGACUGAAGAAAAUAUUACAAAGCAAGCUCAACUCCAAAGCAAUGUUCACAUCCAUCAGCACUUGGGUAGUGCAUACUCCUUUGGAAUAA